AAAACGUCAACACUGAACAGCUGUAAACCGCUAUGUGUUUUCACAAUUAAAGCGUUUACGUGUUUUUGAAGCUCUUCCGCGUUUGAAGCUGGACUUGAACUGCUCCUGAGCCAGCCGGAUCGCACAGCUGCCGAAAGAUGCGUCCGUUCUCCGGCAGCGACUGUCUCAAGCCCGUGGCCGAGGGCAUCAACCGAGCCUUUGGACCCAAGGAGCCCUGGCAAGUGGCCACCAUCACAGCCACCACAGUUCUGGGAGGUGUCUGGCUCUACACUGUGAUCUGCCAAGAUGAAAGUAUUUAUGUACGUGGCAAGCGCCAGUUCUUCAAAUUCGCCAAGAAAAUUCCCGCUGUUCGUCGCCAGAUAGAAACGGAGCUGGCCAAAGCCAAGAAUGAUUUUGAAACAGAGAUCCAGAAGAACAAUGCCCAUCUCACCUACUCGGAGGUGCUGCCGGAGAAGGGUCUCAGCAAGGCGGAGAUCCUCCGCCUGGUGGAUGAGCACUUGAAGGCCGGCCAUUAUGACUGGCGCGAUGGACGAGUGUCCGGUGCCGUCUAUGGCUACAAGCCCGAGUUGGUGGAGCUAGUUACUGAGGUCUAUGGCAAGGCCUCUUACACCAAUCCACUGCACGCAGACCUCUUCCCUGGCGUGUGCAAAAUGGAAGCUGAGGUUGUGCGCAUGGCCUGCAAUCUAUUCCACGGAAGCGCAGCUAGUUGCGGCACCAUGACCACCGGUGGCACCGAGUCCAUCGUGAUGGCCAUGAAGGCUUACAGGGACUAUGCCCGGGAGCACAAGGGCAUCACCAGACCCAACAUUGUGGUUCCGAAAACCGUGCACGCCGCCUUUGACAAGGGUGGUCAGUACUUCAACAUUCAUGUGCGCUCCGUGGAUGUCGAUCCCGAGACCUUAGAGGUGGACAUCAAGAAGUUCAAGAGUGCUAUCAAUAGGAACACUAUCCUGCUUGUUGGCUCUGCUCCCAACUUCCCCUACGGAACCAUCGACGACAUCGAAGCCAUUGCUGCUUUGGGUGUAAAGUACGAUAUUCCUGUCCAUGUUGAUGCCUGCCUGGGAAGCUUUGUGGUCGCUCUGGUCCGCAAUGCCGGCUACAAGCUGCGUCCUUUCGAUUUCGAAGUCAAGGGUGUUACUAGUAUCUCCGCCGAUACCCACAAAUACGGAUUCGCUCCCAAGGGAUCUUCGGUCAUCCUGUACUCGGACAAGAAGUACAAGGAUCACCAGUUUACUGUGACCACCGACUGGCCUGGCGGCGUGUACGGCUCUCCCACCGUAAAUGGCUCUCGUGCCGGAGGUAUCAUCGCCGCCUGCUGGGCAACCAUGAUGAGCUUCGGUUAUGAUGGUUACCUGGAGGCCACCAAGCGUAUUGUAGACACUGCCCGAUACAUCGAAAGGGGAGUUCGCGACAUCAAUGGCAUCUUCGUGUUUGGCAAACCUGCCACUUCCGUGAUUGCUUUGGGCUCAAAGAAAUUCGACAUUUUCCGGCUCUCCGACUCUCUGUGCAAGCUGGGCUGGAACCUGAACGCCCUACAGUUCCCCUCCGGUAUUCACAUUUGCGUUACGGACAUGCACACGCAGCCCGGUGUUGCGGACAAGUUCAUUGCCGAUGUUAAGAGCUGUACGGCGGAGAUCAUGAAGGACCCUGGCCAGCCUGUCGAGGGCAAGUUCGCGCUAUACGGCAUGGCUCAAAGCAUUCCCGACCGUUCGGUGAUCGGUGAGGUUACCCGGCUGUUCCUGCACUCUAUGUACUACACGCCCAGCCAGAAGUAGGCGCCGCAAAUCAUUCUUUUUUCCACUCCCACCCCCCACGGAGGCCAUGUCCUGUGCCGUAUUCAAAACCACCAAAAACGUAACCUUUAUAAAGCAAUUUUUCUAUCCUGCAAUUAGUGCUGUAAUCGAGGGUACAAACAUCGCAAUGCGAAAUGGAUCUGCUAUUACUAUUAUCCCAACUGUCAACGUUCGUGGCUCUAGUGCAAUGUUAUUGAAAAGUGUUUAUCUGUGUAACUUUGCUAGUGAAAUAAUAAAAUAAUAUUAAUUAAUUUUGUAUACU